ACACGCUACUGCCGGAGAACAAAAACUGAGAACUACCAUCGUCAGGAUAAUGUGGAAGACGACCACCUCACCAUCCCUCCGUACUCCAUAGUCGCAAUGGCGGCCGCGGCACUCCGAACCCACCUUUCCCUUCUCUCGGCCGGCGGCGGAAUCCCCAACCCGGCGCUCCAAACUCUAUCCUUCGUUGCCCCCCUCCUCCUCCGCCGCCGCUGCCGCCGCCGCAGCAGCGUCGUUCUCUCCAACGCGUCCUCGUCGCCCCCGUCUCCCCCUCCUUCGCCGGAGAAGGCGGUCGAGGCGGCUCCGACGGCGGAGUCGUGCGUCAACCUCGGCCUCGAGUUCUUCUCCAAGGGCAGGGUGAAGGACGCACUUGAACAAUUUGACAAGGCCCUAGAGCUGAAUCCAAAUCCUACCGAAGCCCAAGCAGCGUUCUAUAACAAGGCAUGCUGCCAUGCAUACAGGGAAGAAAGCAAAAAAGCUGCAGAUUGCUUGAGAAUAGCUUUGCGAGAUUACAAUCUCAAAUUUGGCACAGUACUUAAUGAUCCAGACAUGGCGCCAUUCAGGGCAUCACCAGAAUUUAAGGAACUUCAAGAGGAGGCAUUGCGUGGUGGAGAAGAUAUUGGUUCUGGAUUCCGAAGAGAUCUAAAGCUUAUUAGUGAAGUACAAGCACCAUUUCGUGGUGUCCGGAGGUUCUUUUAUGUGGCGUUCAUUGCAGCGGCUGGAAUUUCAACAUUCUUUACCAUUCCCAGACUUAUACUUGCACUUCAAGGUGGUGAUGGUGCUCCAGAUUUUCUGGAAACGGCUGGGAAUGCUGCCAUUAAUAUUGGAGGUAUUGUUGUGCUCGUGGCUUUAUUUGUCUGGGAAAACAAGAAAGAAGAAGAGCAGAUUACAAAUAUCUCUCGUAAUGAAACCCUUUCAAGGUUACCUGUGCGUCUGUCAACCAAUCGCAUAACUGAACUUGUGCAACUCCGGGACAUUACUAGGCCAGUUAUAUUGGCAGGUUCAAAAGCAUCUGUUACUCAAGCAAUGCAAAGAGCUGAGAGGUACCGAACUGAACUGCUCAAACGAGGCGUUCUUCUAAUUCCUGUGAUCUUUGGUGCUUCACAAAAAGUCCAAGGCAAACCAAAAGGCUUCGGUACUACAAGAUCUGCUGCAUCAGCUCCUUCAAUUGGGGGCGACUUUGAAAAACGUACUGAAUCUAUUGCGGCAAAAUCACGACUCAGAGCCGAGGUUCGAUUUAAAGCCGAUAUUGUCUCUCCAGAACAAUGGGAAAGUUGGAUACGUGAUCAGCAAGAAUCGGAAGGUGUCACUCCUGGUGAAGAUGUCUACAUAAUUCUCCGUCUUGAUGGUCGUGUGAGAAGAUCCGGAAGAGGCAUGCCAAACUGGAAUGAUAUUUUGAAGGAAUUGCCACGUCUUGAAGAUUUGCUCAGCAAACUUGAACGAUGAAAACUAUGUGUAUAUGGGUUUCGUUUUCUUCCCCACGCCCUUUAUCUUUGUGAAGGCCGAGCCACUAUUUCGUUGCACAGAGAUUGACCAUCAUGUUGAGUGAUAUUUCGAUGUAGCUUUUUUUCAGUUCUUAUGCAAAAACAGAGGUGAAGGUCUUAUUUCUCUAAGAAGUGAGGUCUUUGUGUGCGAGAUAAGAUGUACACAACAUUUUAAUUACAAUAGGAUAUAAUACCAAACCAAGAAUUGUGUUGAA